UUGUUGUACUAAUUGACAAAAAUGGAUGUUUUUUUCCGUUAGAAAAAUGGCGAAUUUGACUGGUGAUGCUGUGGUGGCUAUGGCCCAGAAGCAGGCUUUCGAUCCGUGGGCUUUGCCCGAUACCUUCACUCUCUAUGCCUACGCUCCGGAGGAUAUCCGCAGCUUUCUUCACCCUCACUGGCACUCCUACAAGGCUCUGCACCCGGCUUGGUAUUACUUUUUGGGAUUACUGUACUUGAUCGUCGGUACUUGCGCCGUUGCCGGGAACGCUGUCGUUCUGAAAAUCUUCAGCCGUUUCCCAGCUCUUCGAAGCCCCGCGAACCUCUUGGUGAUGAAUUUGGCUGUCUCAGACUUCCUGUUGAUGCUUGCUCUCUUCCCGGAAUGCGUCUACAAUUUCUUCCUCGGCGGACCAUGGCGCUUUGGAGAAAUGGGCUGCCAAAUCCAUGCUUUUCUUGGGGCUUGCUUCGGGUACAACCAGAUUUUCACAUUGACCAUGAUCUCUUACGAUCGCUAUAAUGUGAUUGUGAAGGGAUUCAGUGGGACUCCACUUACUUUCAACCGCGCUGUCACCAUCAUCACCAUGAGCUGGAUCUGGGCUUUGGGCUGGUCCAUCUGCCCACUGAUCGGCUGGGGUGCGUACGCCAUGGACGGCAUCAUGGGAACAUGUUCGUAUGACUAUGUCUCUCAAAAUAUGAAUAACAAAACCCAUAUUAUGGCAGCCACCAUUGCAAACUACAUUCUGCCAAUCAUUGUCAUUGCUGGCUGUUAUUACUUCAUCGUCCAUGCUGUUUUUAAGCACGAAGAAGAACUGCGUGCGCAAGCCAAGAAGAUGAAUGUUGCUUCUCUUCGCAGCAACAACGACCAGCAGCAGGUGUCUGCCGAGAUCCGCAUUGCCAAGGUUUCCAUCAUGAACGUCUCGAUGUGGUUGACCGCAUGGACUCCUUUUACCGUUAUCUGCAUCUUGGGCACAUUUGGUGACGUUUCAAAGAUUACUCCGUUGGUAUCUGCCAUUCCAGUAAUUUUGGCUAAAACAUCUUGCGCCUACAAUCCACUCAUUUAUGCCAUUUCCCAUCCUAAAUACCGAGAGUGCCUCAAGCAAAUGUUCCCUUGGAUGUGCAUCGUGGAAGAGAAGAAAGCAGUGACCGAUAACCAAUCUGUCAUUUCGGAGAAGACUGAGAUGACAGAAACUGUCAAGUGCGAAUCAGCUUAACUACAUCGAGCUUGAUCAGUAGGUUUCUUUCUGAAAGAGAUUGGUGGGUGCUCUGGUUAUUAGGCGGCUAUCAUUCAUGAUGACGACGCUGGCUUUUCAACUGUGGACUAACGAAAAUGAGAAAAUUCGAUGAUUUCUGAUAAUUUUGAAUUUUACUCUGUUAAAAGUGUUCUUGUUAAUUUUUUUUAUUUUGACGGACUCCGUUUUUUUGUCUAAAUAAAAUUUUUAUUGUCCAAAAA